AUGGCUGCACCCGGAGCGCCGCGCCUCCUCCUGACCUUCGACUUGGAUGAGACUAUCGUGGACGAAAACAGCGACAACUCCAUCGUGCGCCACGAGGGCUUCUACAACAAAUACAUGCAGCGCAUCUUCCAGUACCUGGGCGAGCAGGGCGUGCGGCUGCGGGACCUGCGCGCCAACUACGAGGCCAUCCUCCUGUCGCCCGGCACGGGCGAGCUGCUGCAGUUUGUGGCCAGGCAGGGCGCCUGCUUUGAGGUUAUUCUCAUCUCAGAAGCCAACACCUUUGGCAUGGAGAGCGUGCUGUGCGCCGCCAGCCACCACGGCCUGUUCCGCCACAUCUUCAGCAACCCGUUGGGGCCCGACCCUUGGGGGCUGCUGGCGCUGCAGCCCUUCCACGCGCACAGCUGCGCUUGCUGCCCCACCAACAUGUGCCAGCACAAGGUGCUCAGCGACUAUCUGCGUGAGCAGGCCCACGACGGCGUGCCCUUUGAGCGCCUUUUCUACGUGAGCGACGGCGCCAACGACUUCUGCCCCACGGGGCUGCUGGCAGGCGGCGACGUGGCCUUCCCGUGCCACCACUACCCCAUGCACCGCCUUAUGCAGGAGGCGCAGAAGGCCGAGCCCAGCUCCUUCCUCGCCAGGGUGGUGCCCUGGGAAACCUCCACUGAAAGCUGUGAAGGAGGUGAAGGGGCGGAGGUGAGCGAGAUGUCUCACGCUGCCAUCUGGGGGAUGAGGGCGAGUCCCUCGGCCCGCUAG